ACGGCCUACCUGCUGAUGUUCAGCGACACAGGACACAACUGGAAACAGUAUCGACAGGAAGACAGUAUAGGGGCCUUUUCAGGUAACAGUAACGCAGACAGUGUGGUCCAGCACAAGCUCCAACAUCCAGUGAUCGCUCGCUACGUCCGCCUGAUACCCCUCGACUGGAAUCCCAACGGUCGGAUUGGACUCAGACUGGAGACCUACGGAUGUCUUUACAACUCUGACGUGGUGAGCUUCGAUGGCCGCAGCAGCCUGUUCUACAGGUUGAGUCCCAGGCCAAGGCCGAUGACCAGAGAGAGCAUCUCUCUGAAGUUUAAAACCCUGAGCAACUCUGGGACGUUGCUGCACGCAGAGGGACAGAGCGAUCACAGCCUCACUCUAGAGCUGGAGAAAGGGAAGCUUCUCCUGCUCCUCCGAAAAGGCAGGAGCUCUUCUCUUGACGGCCGGCAUCUCGUGUCUCUUGGCAGCCUGUUAGACGACCAACACUGGCACCACGUCGCAGUGGAGCAUCACGGCUCUCACCUCAACCUCACCGUGGACAAAAGCACACUGUGGGUGCAGAUCCCACCAAGAUUCACUCACUGGGAACAUGAUCAGAUGAGUGUAGGAGCAGACCGAGGCCCUGGUUCUCGGAGGUCUGGCGGGUCAAACAAGGACUUUCACGGCUGUAUAGAAAACCUUGUUUAUAACAGCCUGAACCUGGUGGACCUGGCUAAACAGAAAGAUCAGCGGGUUACUGUGAAGGGCAAUGUGACCUUUUCUUGCGCUGAGCCCGUUUUUGUUGCCAUGACGUUCACCAGCCCUCAGAGUUUCCUGUGGUUGCCAGGAGUGACAGAACUGACAUCGACGAGCAUGUCGGCGGGGCUUCAGUUUCGGACGUGGAACAAGGCAGGGCUGCUCCUGACCUUUGACCUACCAAAACAAGAGGGUGUGGUGUGGCUGUACCUGAGCAAAGCCAGGCUCCAUCUACAGGUGCAGAAGCAGGGCAGGGCGCCGCUGGAGCUCAGUGCAGGUUCAGCUCUGAAUGACUGCCAGUGGCACUCUGUGGAGCUGAUCUCCAGACGAGGACGUCUGACUGUUGCAGUGGACAGAGAUGAAGGCGCCACUGCUCACGCCAGUCCCUCGUUUGUUAUUACCACCGGAGGUCAACUUUUUUUUGCCGGUUGUCCUAAUGGGAGCCAUCAGGAGUGCAGGAACCCCUUCAAAGCUUUCCAAGGCUGCAUGCGUCAACUGACUGUGGACAACCAACCAGUCGACUUGAUCAUGGUGCAGCAGAGGCUGCUGGGAAACUAUAGUCACCUACAGAUCGAUAUGUGUGGCAUCAUUGACAGGUGUUCUGCCAGUCAUUGUGAACAUGGAGGCAGCUGCAGUCAGUCAUGGAGCACCUUUCACUGUAACUGUUCCAGCACCGGCUACAGUGGAGCCACCUGCCAUAGCUCCAUAUACGAGCAGUCCUGCGAGGCGUACAAACACAAAGGGAACACAUCGGGGUAUUAUUACAUUGAUGUGGAUGGCAGCGGACCCAUCAGACCACAGCUAAUAUACUGCAACAUGACAGAGGAGAUGACGUGGAUGGUGAUCCAGCACAAUAACACAGAACUAACUAGAGUCCGACCCUCGCUGGGCAAAAGCCAGCACUCGGCUCACUUUGAAUACACAUCUGAGGAGGCGCAGUUAGCGGCCAUCAUCAGCCAAUCAGAGCACUGCGAACAGGAACUUACCUACCAUUGCAGGAAGUCACGCCUCCUCAAAAUGCCAGACGGCUCUCCGCUGAGCUGGUGGACGGGGGGUCCAGGUGAAGGACAGAUGCAGACUUACUGGGGCGGGGCUCUUCCAGGCACCCAGCAGUGUGCCUGCGGCCUGCAGAAGAACUGUGUGGACCCCAAACACCACUGCAACUGUGAUGCAGACCGCACCGAAUGGGCUAAUGACUCAGGCCUACUGACCCAUAAGGAGACCCUCCCUGUCAGGUCUCUGGUGCUGGGCGAUGUCCACAGGCCAGGCUCAGAAAGCGCAUACAGGGUUGGACCUCUCCGUUGCCAUGGAGACAAAAAUGUCUGGAACGCUGCAUUUUUUGACAAAGAGACAUCAUACCUCCACUUUCCCACAUUCCACGGAGAGCUGAGCGCGGACAUCUCCUUCCUGUUUAAAACCACUUCAUCCUCCGGCGUCUUCCUGGAAAACUUGGGCAUCAAAGACUUUAUUCGGAUUGAACUCAGCUCCUCCACAGAGGUCCUCUUCUCCUUUGACGUGGGUAACGGGCCGCUGGCGGUUCACGUGGAGGCUGGCUUCCCGCUGAAUGACAACAAGUGGCAUCGCAUCCGCGCCGAGCGGAAUGUUAAAGAGGCGUCGCUUCGUCUCGACGAGCUCCCUGCCGCCACACAGGAGGCCCCCACUGAUGGGCACAUCCACCUGCAGCUGAACAGCCAGUUAUUUAUAGGGGGCACAGCAUCUAGACAGAAGGGCUUUCGGGGUUGUAUUCGUGCUCUGCAGCUGAAUGGCGUCACACUGGAUCUGGAGGAGAGGGCCAAGAUCACACCGGGAGUUCAGGCCGGAUGCCCGGGCCACUGCAGCAGCUACGGCUCCCUCUGCCAGAACCACGGUCGUUGUGUGGAAAGAGCCAACAGCUUUUCCUGCGACUGCAGCCCCUCUGCUUACACCGGAGUAUUCUGCGACAGAGAGGUUUCAGCCAGCUUCAAGCCGGGAACAUCCGUCAGCUACACCUUCAAGGAGCUGAUGCUAAACAAGAGCAACAACGCUCUGCCUUCUUUCAUCCACUCUGGCAUGAGCCUGAGAGCAGAAAACAUAUCCCUGAGCUUCAGGACCAGCCAGAGUCCAGCUCUGCUCCUCUACGUGGGCUCCUACUACAGAGAGUACCUAGCUCUGCUGCUUAACAAGCAUGACAAGCUGGAGGUGAGAUACAAACUGGACAGCAGCAAAGAUGCAGAGAUCCUGAGCAGCAAAGUGAGAAACCUCGCCAACGGCCAGCUACAUACUGUGACUAUCAGUAGACUGACAGAUUCUGUCUCUAUGCAGAUUGACCAGAACAUCAGAGAAGACUUCAACCUGACAUCCGAUGUGGAAUUCAAUGCCAUCAGGUCGCUGGUUCUUGGCAGAGUGAGUGACUCUGAUGAGGUGGAUCCAGAGAUAGCUCAGCUUGCCUCUCUAGGUUUCGCAGGUUGCCUUUCUGCCGUCCUCUUUAACUCCAUCACCCCUCUGAAAGCUGCUCUGCUCCACUCAGACACCAGCCCAGUUAUCAUCACCGGUCCACUGGUCCAGUCCGACUGUGGCUCCACUUCAGCUAAUCCCUAUGCAGCAGAAACCACAGACCACCUAUCAGGCCAGUCUGGAUCAGUGGGAACAGGUCAGCCUCUAGUCAAUGCCAUCAGGAGUGACUCAGCUCUAAUUGGAGGAGUGAUAGCCGUGGUGAUCUUUGUGACCGUGUCAGCAUUAGCCAUAAUGGGCCGCUUCCUCUACAGGAGGAAAGGGACGUGUCAGAGCCAGGAGGUAAAAACUGUAAAACCCGAGGAUGGACCAGAGUUGCCGUUCAGCAGCCAGACCAGCUCACACAAUGGUCCGAGCGACAGCCAGAAGGAAUAUUUCAUUUAA